AUGGAAUCAUCGCAAAGAGGAGGAGGUUCAAUUCGUGUGAGUUUGAGCAUUUAUUGGGCACCAGAAUUGGUUCUGAAUGGAUUUAUUUAGAGAAAUAGAAUUUUGGAAAAAUAUGGAAAAAGUUUGAAAUCGAGCACCGCUUAAUUUUGCCACUAAAACUAUCAAGUUUGGUGUCAAAACGAUGAAAAAUGCAUUUAAAAUUUUAACUCUAAACCCUAUGUUAAGGAUUCUAAAAAAAAAUCCGAAACACAUCAUAUUUUGUACCAAAUAUUCCGAAAAUAUUUCAGUCAAAACUCGAAGAAUCAACAUAUUCAUCGCAAAAUGCCACCAAAUUCCACGGAAUCGUCGGCGAAGCCAACAAAAAACCCGGACUUCUGACUUCACUUCGUCGAACAAAGCGAAAAUCUCGAAAAAUUCCCGAUGAAAUCAAUCAAAGUAUUCAACAACUAGAUGCAUAUAAAUCAUCCGCUGAUAAAAUGCACAAAGCUUUGAUCUACCAGCUUUUCGAGAAUUACAAGUAUGCCAAAAUCUUUUAUAAAUCGACAGAUAUUCCAAAAUCAAUUCAAAUGGAUAGACCAUACAAAGCAAUUGGUGAUUAUUUGGGAACUUUUGAAAAAUGCACGAAAAAAUCGAGAAAAGGUAAAUAUCUUGGGAUGGAUAAAUCGACUGAAGCUUUGAAGGAAUUGUCAAAUGAGAAUGAUGAAUAUGUCAAAAAACAGCUGGAAAAUUUGAAGCCACUUAUUUCGUUUAUUGGACAGGAAUAUUGGGAACAUGCUAAAUUGAGAAAUGCUUAUUUUGAGAGUUUGGAUGCGUAUGAAAAUGCACAAAAUGCUCAGAAUCGAGGAAAAAGUGGCGAGAUGGAUUUGACAAGUGCAACGAAAAAUCGGGAUGAGAAUAAGGCAAAGGUGAGUGGGAUUAGGUGGUCAAAUUCUGACAAGCACCUCUGUCUCUGGGAAUUUUCAAUUUUUUCAAUCCGUAUUUCAUUCAAGAGUGUUUUCUACGCUAACAAUAAGAAAAAUCCCGUUUUUAGCAUUGGUGAGACUAAUUCUUAAGUUUUUCACACGAAAUCCAAUUUUUCUCACAUUUUUAGCUUUCCGAAAACCUUUCAAAACUUUGGGAUGAACAACGUCCAAAACACGCUGAAUGUUUGCUGAAAUUCGCCGAAGAUGCUGCAAAACAUCACGAAAAAAUGGCUGAAAUUUUGGCCACAACUGAUUGUGGCUUAAAAUCGAUGAUUUCAUUGAUGAAAAGUUGA